AUGAAAUACCUAUUAAGGGACGAUAAAAUAAAUAUUCAGAAAAUCUGUGAACUUUUAUUUAAACCAUAUUUUUUAAAGAAUCAUUUCUAUGUUUGUAAUUUUUGUACAUAUAUAAAAUUACAACAAGAUAAUAUAUUAUUUAAAAAGAAACAAAUAUAUUUCUUAAGUACUUGUAAAGAAAAUGAUUGUGCUAACGAACGUGUUAAUCGUCAUGUGAGUGAGAAAGAAGAAGAGAAUAAUAAAAUAAAAAACAUUUUGAAUAAUGAAGACGAUAAUAAGAAUCCUUUAACCAAAAAAAAAAAACAAAAAAAUGUUAUAAAAAAUGAUAGAGACAUUAUUAAUAUAUUAGAAAAAGUUAUUAAGAAUGGCAAAAAUAUAUUGAUUACACCUCAGAAUAUCGUUGAAUUAUUACAAGCUUAUAGUAAAUAUAAAUAUUAUAAUGAAGAUAUUAUAAAAUUAAUAAUGGUUUAUAUGAAAUAUAAUAUGAAUAAAUUUUCAUUGAUAAAAUUAUGUGUUUGUUUAAAUUAUUUUGUUAAUUUGAAUAUAAAAAAUGAACCUUCUUUUAAUAAUAUUAUUUCUAAUAUUAUUAUGAAAAAAAUAAAAGAUGAUGAAUAUAUUGAUUUGUAUGCAUUGUGUAUGUUAAUAAAAUAUAUAUUAAAUAAAAAUAUAGAUGAUAUUAAUUUGAUUUAUAUGUUGAUCAGAAUAACAAAAAGGAAAAUAUCGGAAGGAUUAUAUAAUAUAUAUGACGUGUAUAAUUUAAUAUUGUCUUUUUUAAAUAUACAUACGAAUAUAAUUAAUCCAAAAAAAAAUGCAAAUAAACAAAAAAAAAUAAACAUAAAAAAUAAUAAUAAUAACAACAAUAAUAAUAAUAAUAAUAAUAAUAAUAGUUAUUAUGAUAAUGGUGUGGGGGGUCCAAAAUAUUGUUACAUAAAUAAAUGUCAUAACCCAAUUGAUCAUAAUAUAAACCCAUUUAAAUUAUAUCAAUCGGAAGAAUAUAAUCAUUCUUAUAAGAAUUGUAAUCCAUAUGACUUAUAUGAAGAUACAAAAAAAAUAAAUGAAGAAAAUAUUUACAAUAUGCUACAUAUAUAUAUUAAUUCUAAUAACAAAAAUAAUAAUGAUAUUAUUUUAAUGUUACAUAAUUUAAGAAGUAAUAUAUCAUUAAAAUCUUUUACAUUUAAAAUGUAUAUGAACAAUGAUGAUGAAAAAAAAUUAUAUUCAGAUUUUUUAAAACAAUUAGAUUUUAAAAAAGAAAUACAACCACAAUAUAUAGCUCUUCUUCUUAUAAAUAUAAUGAAGUUUAUAAAGAAUUAUCAAAUUUCACUCCAAUUAUUUUUACAUAUUAUAAAUAAUCUUCAUAUACAUAUUAAAAAUGUUCUAAUGAAUACAAAACAAUAUGAAAUGAACAAAUACAAACUAUAUUGUGAUGAAAUAAAAAUAAAAAUAAAAAAAAAAGAAUUAUUUUUAUUUAAUAAUAAUAUCAAUAGCUUUUGUGUGCAAACAAAGGAAUCAUUAGAAAAUAGUAACAGUGAUAAAUAUAUUAAAAAGGACUUUUAUGAAAAUGGUGAUCUGUUUAAUAUUAAUAAAAUGAUAGAAAGAUCAAAACAAGAUCCUUACGAAUUUCCUCACACAUAUCAAUGUGAAGAAAAUAUAAAAAAUAUGACGACACAAAAUAAAUCAAGAAAACACUUUAAUAUUCAAGAAAUUGGAUUAAUAUUCGAAUUUUAUACUUUUAUGAUAAAUUAUUUAAAAGAAAAUAAAAGAGAUAGUCAUCCAAAUGAUGAUAGACUCCCUUUCUAUAUUUCUAACAAUAAUAAUUUCAUGUCAGAUAUUGAAGGAAUUUAUAAUAACAAAGGAAAUGUUGAAGGAGAGAAUAUUUUUACAGAUAAUAUGAACAUGAAUAAAAGGAAUAAUAUACAGAAUAAUAAUUUAAAUAUUUUAAAAAAUAAUCAUACAUGUAAUUUUUAUGAUGAAUUAAUUUUACACUUUGAUAUAUUCAAAUUAUAUAUAAAUAUAUUAAAGAAGUGCCUUUACUUAUAUUCUUUAUAUAAACAAGAAGAAAUUAAAAAAAAAAAAUUUAAAAAAAAUAGUGAUGAUAUUAAUAUAAUUACAUACUGUAAAGUAUUUAAAGGAUUUGUAGAAAUUUAUAAUAAAAAUAAUUUCAUAGAUAAAGAGAUAUUUUUUUCAUUUUUUGAAGAAUAUUUUUUAAUACAAAAAAAAGAAAAAAAAUUAUCUCUAAAUGAAAUAUGUGAUAUAUUAAAAAUUAUAUAUACAUGUAAUAAUACACAUCUUUUAAAUAUUUUAUAUAAUAAUAGAGAAAGCAAAUUUUUAUUUAUCAUACAAAAUAAUUUAAUAAAGAUUAUAACAAGUCAUAUGAAUAGAUUAAAAAAUGAGAAUCUUCAUUCUGUUAUUAUGUCUUUUUAUUAUCUUUCUUUUUUAAAAUGUUAUAAUUUUAUAACUCAUUCAACAUUAGUUUAUUUUAUUUUAAGAAAUUUAAAAAAUCAAGUAUGUAUUAAACAUCUUCCAUAUGUAAUAAUAGGAAUAAUUAACUUUUUUAAAUUACACAAGAAAUUUAAAAUAUUAAAUCAUAAAGAAAAUGAAUCAUAUAAAAAUUUCCAAAAUAUAAAUUCAUAUCAUUUAUAUGAACAAAAUAAUAUAUCAUCAUUUAAUAAUACAUAUAAUAAAGAAUUAGAAGUAAAAGAAAAGGAAGAAAACAACAACAACAAAAAAACAAAAUUUUUUUAUCCAUAUAAUAAUAUAAAUAUGAACUUUUUAUUAUUACCUUUUAAUCAUAAUGAAUAUAUAAAUAAUGAGAAAAAAUCUUAUAGGUUACAUAUACUCUUCUUUUUCUUGAAUAAAUAUUAUUAUCAAUACAAAAUAUAUUAUAUAUUAAAUUGUAUAUAUAUGUUAAUAAAAUUAAUAAAAGAAAAUGAUAUACCUACAACAUAUAAUAAUUAUAUAUACAAAUUUGAAUUAUUCAAUAUAUUUAAAAAAUUAGAAAAACAAAUAAAUAUAAAUCAAAUGGACACGGAAAAAAAAAAAUUUAUAGAUAACAUCAAAAUGAUAGAUAUAGAAAAUAUUGAUAUAAAAAAUAUUGAUAUAAAAAAUAUUGAUAUAAAAAAUGUUGAGAAGAAUAGUACACAUAAGUAUUAUUAUUAUAACACAUAUGAUUAUUUUAUAAACUAUGUGAAAUAUAUAUAUUGUAUAUCUUUUUUUAAUUAUUAUAUAGAUCUUAAAGAAUUUUUAAAUAAUGAUAUAAAAAUAUUUAAAAAUAUUUUUGUAUCUAAUUUUUAUACACCCUUUAAUUCGUAUUUAAUAAGUAAUUUUAUAUAUAAUUAUGAAUAUAUCAAAAAAAAAAAAAAGGAUAAAGAUGAUCAUUAUGAAGAUAUGAAAAAGUUAUAUAAUUGUUGCAUAGAAAAAAAAAAAGAAAAAAAUCCUUUACAAACAUAUAUAAAUAUUUCUUCUUCAGAAUAUAUCCAUAUACAAAAAAGGAGACAUCUUAAUAAAUGUAUAAAAUAUAUAAACCAAUGUAAAUCAUUAACUAUAUAUAAUAUAAUUUAUAUAAUAAAGACAUAUAAAUUUUAUUGUUAUCAUAUUGAUCAAUAUAAUAUUUUAUUAUUAAAUAAGUUUAUAUUAUCUUUAUAUAUUUAUCAAAAUAUUAAAAUGUCUAGUUUAUAUGAAUUAUUAAUUCAAUAUAUUAAAUUAUUAUAUUAUCUAGAAUAUAUACAAAAAAAUAUUUUUUAUAAAUGCAAUAAAUCUAUAAUAAACGUCAUUUUAUUCUUGUCAAAAUUAUUAUCUACAUAUAAUAUGAAUAAUUUAGAAAAUAAUUAUAUAGGUAUGUUACACAUAUCUUUAUUAUACAUGUCUUAUUUUAUUGAAGGAUUCCACAAUAUUUUAUCAUCUGUGCCUCUCAAGUUUUUGAGGCACCUCAAUUUAUAUCUAGGAAUGUCUACUAUAAAAAAUUUGGGUACAUAUGACAACUCAUACAGUUUUCAGAUAUAUAUUGUCAAUAUACUGAAGGGGGUUAUUAAAAAGAAGAAAAGAAUUAUAAAUGAAUAUAAUGUUCAGAAUACACCUUAUACAAUAGAUAUUCUUAUUAAAUAA